AUGGCAGUCAACCCGUCUCCGCCUUCCGCAGCCUUCCCUGCAUCGUCCCCUUUUUCCGCAUCCGCCAAUCCCCCCAUUUUCUCUGCUUCCGCGCCCGCGGAUCCCGCCGCGCCGUCCCCCGUCCGCCCGCACAAGCCCACCGGCCGGCACGGCGCGACCGACCAGCAACGCCGGCGCGAGCUCGCUCUGGAGCGGCAGCGCGCCGCGCGGCGGGACCUGCAACUGCACGCGCGCCACGUGGCUCUCGCCGCAACUGGCGCCGUGACUCUCGCUGACGAGGUCGAGGCGCGCGAGUCUGCCGCCGCAGCGCCAGAGACGAGAGAAGUUUCUCCGCUGCUUCCAGAGAUAUGCGAGUUCGACGAGGCGUCUGGUCAAUGGACGAGGAUCGACCAAGAGGGGUUCAGAAUCGACGGCUCAGGGAGAAGGAUCGAGCUAGUCAGCCUAGGAUCUGAUGCGUCUGGAUCUACCAGAGAACCCUUUGCUACUGGAGCGAGAAUUGAUGCUGCCGAAGGGGAAGGCACUGAGGAGGGGCGUGUGUUGGGAGGAGUGGGUAACGGGGAGGGGGUGUUUAGGACAGUGCGUGAAGAGGGAGGGGAAGGUAUGGAGAUGGACGGGGAGGGGGAUGGGGAGGGGGACAGUGAAGGCGUUGUGGGGAUUGAACAGGAGAUGAGGUGUCUGUUUGUGCCACACGGUGAGGCUGGCGGGGGAAGAGGAAAGGGAGGAGCAGGAGGAAGAGGGGGCAGAGGAGGGCGAGGAGAGAGUGGGGGCGCGGUUGACGCAGAGAGAGGGGUAUCGGACGGUGCAAGGGAGUGGUACGCGCAGCAGCUCAUGCUGCCUGAAUGGAUGGUCGACGUUCCGCCUCGACUCGCCUCUGAUUGGAAUGCGUGA